UUCCUUUCGUAGUCAAAUAAAACUUGAAAUAAAUAAGACUUAAUUUCUGCAAAUUCACUAAUACAACCACCAAAGUACGCAACAUCUGCAUCUGCAUCUCCUAUUCCACUGAUACAGAAUCAUCUUGUUCGUAGUUUAAGGAAACAAAUGGCUGCUGCGUCUGUUGUAGUAAAAAGCGUGACCAAUCAGGAGAUCGCUCGUUACUGGAAGAUAAGGCGCAUGGUGGAGGAAGAUCACCUCUACGCCGCCGUGAAGGCUGCAGCUCGCCUCAGGGCUCGCAACCUCUCUGAUGAAGAUUACCGGCAAUUUGAAGAAUCCUUAAAGGAGGAUGAUCGGAGCAACGACACCGAAAAGUACGAGAAUAAAGAGAUAAGGGUGGGAAUAAAGGACUGGUGGACUAAGAGCAAAUAUGCGUACCUAAACCAACCCGCCAUGAAUUCUUUUGAUAACCCCAGACGACGAUGCAGCAGUUAUCUUCCUCAAUUCUUCAGCUAUAGCUCUGCUUCUCCUCUGAAACCGGCUUAUGGAUAUUCCAGGCAACGUUGUUAGAACGACCUAUGACGCCUGCAUAUCUAUCUGUUUACUUAUGUCAUGAAAUGCAUGAUUUGUGUAUUGUUUGUUCAUGUGUAUAAAUGUUACAUGCACUUUAUGCUGCUGCACUCAAUUGAUGUAUAAGUGUCUGCCGAAAUGGCUUCAAAACAUUGAAAUGUAAAUAUGAAGUGCUACUCUUGUAUGAUAUCUUGUUAAAUUUCGUCAUCUGUUAUCUUUGUUUUC